GGCAGUCUGGAGCUGAGGGUUAGUGUAGUGGUGACGCUGGCGAGUGUGUGAGUGAGGCGGACACGGAGCGAUAGAGACAGGCAGUAGAGCACCACCCAAGCCUUUCACUUCGUCUUUCCUCGUGUGUUUCCUUUCAUCCUUCCCACGUGAACGCCUCAGGACGGAAGAGCACGUGACGCGAGAUUGGCCGGAACGCAGCCCACGACGCCACCCGUGGGCCGCAGCCAGUCUCUGGAUACUUCCACGCAAAGAAACAAAUUCAGUGCUUCAAGCUGGCCUCUGUGUCAGCCUCGUGUGGAUAUUAUAAGUUCUUUUAAGUGAUACACAUUAGUGGUACAGAACAAAACGAAUCAGAGUGAAUAUCUUGCAAUAGGAAGGUGUUGUUGGUGGUGACGGCGCCGGUUGAUGACAGAUGAUGGUGCAGUUGUCCAAAGCAGCUGCUGACGCCUUGCCACCUCGGAGGAGAUAGUCCACCGUCCAUGAGAGUGUGGAGACCGCGCCCGGUGCCUGGAUGGCGGGAGCUGAGGCAAGCGGCCACCGCUCAUGACGCACCAGCCCCGCAUUCCCCCGGCCCCUCACGCGCCCCCGCGGCCUUUAUAUGUUGUUACGGACGGUAGGCCGGUGCACGAGAGGGCGGCCGAGCGCGGUGUAGUGGACACCGGCCGGUAGUGUAGCGUGUGUAGUGAUGACGACCCUCUGUAGCACCCCAGAGUCCUUGCCCUCCCCGAGGGCGGCCGACGCGGCCCCGGGAUUCUCGCCCCAUGCCGACCCUGAACCUCGACCUUUCGACAACCCUCCCUUCCCCUCGGAGACCACCACCGCCUCGUACUCCAAAAGUGACACCGACUACGAAGUGCCCUUCUUCACAGUGGCGCACUACCGCACCCCAACCGCGCCCACCACCUACGAGUACGCCGCUACCCACGCCUUCCCGGAGGGGCGGGCGAGGCUUUGUACAAUGGCGGCUGCGAUCCCUCCCUCAUGUCCCCGGUAGAGCUGGCCUUCGGCACCAACAUGACGGACUCCAGUCGAUGGUGGCGGCCCGACUCCUCUCCCAACAUUCCCUCCGGCCAAACCCAAGCCCGCUCGCCCGUGGGCUCCUCGCCCCAACCGCCGGGCCUGCCUCCUCGCCCUGAGCCAGACUGCACCCCGCCAGCACACCCUCCUGGCACCUUCAUCCGCCGCGUGUAUGGCGCCCACGACCGCACGCCCGUGGGCUGCCUGCAUGCCGCUGCCGGAAUGGCAACACGCAGCCAUAAACCGCCGCCCCUCAAGCCACCACAUCCCGAAAAAUCAGACCGAGGCGCCUCACGCAGCGGCCGCACCCAUGACGAUAUGCCCGUCAGGGGUAGCGUGGAAUUUGUCCUUGACAUGCCGGCGCGGACCCCCAGCAGGAGCAGAAGUGGGUCGCGGCGGGGUGCCACGACCCCAAGCAAAAGAACACCCACAACGCCGGGGGCGACAGACGACGAGGCGGCCUCUGCUAGCGAGGAUGGGCGAGGCACAGCACACCAGGAUCCCGCCACGGGACGCCAGGAGCGAGCCAAGGCAGGAAGCAAGGAUGGCCUUUCCGCGGUGGACGGGGGCGGCAUGGACACCAGCGGGGUGUACGAGGACGCUGGGGUGAGUGACGCUGCUGACAGGCUGGAGUCCGCCCUCCAGUCCAGCUCGUCCUCUGAGGUGGUGGCCACCCCUAGGACGCCUCGCACCCCUCGCACCCCGCGCAGCAAGUCCAGGGAACCGUCCUUCUGCCUGGAGCUGGAAGACGACGAGUACCCGAAGACGGAAACGGAGUACAUGUCCCUCCUCAACGCCAAGAUCGCAGAGGCCCACGAGCGCCAGCUGCUGCCCCUGAAGGAGGACCUCGCGGACUGGCUCUCCAAGCUGCUGGGUGUGGACGAUCUCACAGCGGAGGGUCUCAUCGGGAAGCUGGACAACGGCGUGUACAUUUGUCACCUGGCCGAAGUCAUCUCCAAGAGGGCACAGGAGGCGCGGGACAAGGGCACCUCCUCCUUGGAGGUGCCGCGGCUGCCCUACAAAACCUGGGAGAGGGCCCGCAGUGGCACCUUUUUCGCCAGGGACAACAUCUCCAAUUUCCUGCGGUUCUGUCGACGCCUCGGAGUGCAUGACAACCUGCUCUUUGAGACGGAGGACCUGGUAUGUCACAGCGGGGAGCGUGGCGUGGUGCUGUGCCUACUGGAGGUGGGCCGCCUGGCGCAGGGCUGGUGGGGCCUGGAGCCUCCUGGAAUCAUCAAGUUGGAGCGGGAGAUGGACGGUGAGGAGUGGUCUGGCAGGUCUGACAGUGGGUACUCAAACACCUCCUCCCCGCGAGGCUCCACCCUGACGCUGCACCCCGCCGCGCCCAGCCCCCCCGCCGCCGACCACACCAAGCUGCCCAGGCCGCUGUCAGCUCCAGGCCAUCUACCCCUUGUGCCGCGCCUCGUGCUGCCCAACGCCUCCACACACACCCAGACCGACGGCCCACCCUCCGGCUCCUCCUCCCACACCCCAAGGUCCAGCAUCCCUCGGCCAGCCAAACCCACGCCGCCCCCAAAACCUGCCUCUAUCAGGAGAGCAGUUUCCAACUUGGCGCGGCGCCCCACCAGCAUACCCUGCAAAUCAAGAGGGUGGUCAGGUGCCAAGACAACCCCCACCACCCCAGUAACGACCCCCACACAUUCUGCCAAGCCUCGCCUCCCAUCGGCAAGAACCCCUCGUUCCUCAGGUCGUUCCACUCCGAACACCACUCCCACCACACCCACUCAUUGUCGACGAUACAUCUCAUCCCUGCAGCGCACACCAGCCCCUGCCCCUCCACGGCCUCUGCCUUCCUCCCGCCCUACAUCACGACCUUCCUCUAAGCCCCCAUCACGAUCCCCCUCUAUCUGCAGUCGUCUACAGGAGUGCUACAACACCGUCCAAUCAGAUAGUGUUACUCAAGCCCAGAGAACUGAUCUUGAUAACAAGGUUCUAGAUAUUGCUAACCAGACUCAAGAUUACUGUGGCUGCAAGGAUGAAGAUUGCCGGAAGGCUCACAUCAAGAGGGUAGCAGAUGGCAAGUAUGAGAUCUGUGGCAAAAACGUCUAUGUGAGGCACAAUACAUCCUCCAACAAGACUUUAGUCCACAGGAACAGAUCACCCAGCUCAGCAUUGUCUCCUUGCAAACAUAACAUACAUUGCCACACUGUGGAGCAGUUCUUAAAGAGGAUCAGACUCUAUAAGACACCACGCCGGAUCUUCCAUUGUCCUCGUGUGUGUGACUUGUAUGGGGAGAGGUGCUGCCACUCUCCCUCUUUCUGUCGUAAAAAUCCCUCCAGCAAGCCAUCUGUGAAGCUCCAGAUUCCCACCUCCAGCUCCAGAAAGAGCCACACCUCACCUCACUCAGAUAACUGCCGAAUCCCAGUUGCACCUGCAAUGGUCACCACUUCCCUAGAGCCCUAUCUGCUGAAAGGGAAACACGUCAUGGUAAGAGUCGGGGGCGGCUGGGACACCCUCGAACACUACCUUCUUCGCCAUGACCCUAAACAGGUGACGGUAUUUAACCUCAAGUCUGCAGAACCUUUCCUACACAUUCGUGCCAAAUACUGUUCUCCUACAAACUCUGGAGCAUCUUCUAUUCGAGGCUCUCCCACACACUCCCGAGCCACGCCCAGCAGGGUGACUGCCUCGGAAGAACCCUCCUCUGGGAACACCUCAUCAGAAGGUACACCACCUCCUCCAACAGAGCCUCAAGUGCCAACCUCUCCACCUCCUGUGUCUUCCAUGCCUGCCACAGAGAAUAGUACUUCUAUUACAGACAUUGCCGAUGCAGGCAAAGAGUGUUUCAUUCCAUCUGAUGAAAAUUCCAUGGUCAGUACUGAAGAAAGACCCUUAUCUAAUUGUGAUUCGAGAGGAGCAUCAUUCAUCUCUCUCUCUAACAGUGCACCAACAGAUCCAGAUUCCUUCUAUUCCCUGGAAGAUCAUGCUGCUGAAGUUGUUACAGGUGUAUGCUCAGAAUCAAAUUCUAUUCAAGAUUCUAGUCCAACUGUAGUUUUGAGGCCCAUUGUUAACUCAACCACCUUUACUGCUGAAAAUCAUAAUACAGAUGAUCCCAUAGAGGCAAUCAUUCAAUCAUCACAUUCAAAGCAACCUUCAACAUCCUCAGCUUAUUCUUUUAUAUCAGAAUCUACCACCUCAGACAUUUCACCAAAAGUGACUCCACCACCAACACCUUCCACCUUCUCCAACCCUGCCUGUAUCACAUCUGCCCCACUGGAUGCUUCACUAACCACCAAUGGCAGCACCACCUCCCUUGGCACGCCACUACCACCCGACGAUGAGAGUUAAACAUUAUGUGAACCUGAGGAGGUCCAACCUGAAGUGAAUGUUCUGUAUUACUGGACACUUUAUCCCUUUCCUGGAAACUGAGAUAAAAUGUGACAUGUAAUAUCAAAUCAUUAUUCACAAAAAAAUCACACAGUACUAAGUAUUUUUGCCGUUGUAUGGAAGUUCAAUUAAUUUUUUGUGAGAUAUAAGUUCACACAUAAUUAUUCUAUGCUAUAUCACAGUUGUAGACUGAGCUCUAGCAAGCCACAAAGUCGUUCAAUGUGAUGUGGUAUGAUCUCAGCUGUACUGUCUUGAAGUGCUCUGUUGAUCCACACAGGUUAAAACUUGACACAGCAAAGUUGGCAUGUUGAAAUUUGAAAAAAAAAUGUUCAUAAUUACUUCUCCAUUCUAUAUGACCAGACAGGGAAAUAGAUUGCCUGACACUGGUUCUUGCUGCAGAAGGGAAUGGAAUGUUCUGUCUGUUUAGUAUUGUCAGUUGGAUAAUAGUUUUCCUUUAUAGAGUUUGAAAGGUUUUCAGUCUGUUGCUGCAUCACUUCAAAUGUUGUUUCAGUUUUCAAGAAUACAUAAGCAAGUCUUUAUUGGCAUCAACAUUUAAAUGCGGAAUUGCUUCACUCAUUGUACCACAGGUUUCAUAUAGCACACAAACUCCUGGAAACUACUCAUCUGUCAUUUGAAGAUACACUCAUAUAUAUGUAUAAUAACUGGUUGCUGUGUUGGAAUAUGAAUUUAGAAUGAUAAUGGGAUUAAGCUACUUGCCAUCCUCUAUUUCUAUACAUCCAUAAAGUUUGUGAAUAUUUUGUAAUUAAAAGUAUAUUGAUACAUACUAUAUAGCUGUGAGGGCUAUGUUUGUGGUCAAGUGUGGCACUGUGAUAUACCUACAAGGAUCCUCAAAACUGAUGCUCAGAAAGACUCAGUUGAAGCUUCAGUAUAAAAGUCUACUGGGCUGUACCAGUUUCAUCAGUAUUGUAUUGUUUCCAUACCACUUGUAUUGCUUAUUGCUCAUUAGAAUUAUCUCAAAAGUAUAGUU